CGAACAUCGAACUAUGAGGCUCACAAGGAUCGAUACCCACCAGCCGUUCCUGGCACCUGUCAAUGGUUGUUACACCACGAGAAAUACCGGGAAUGGGGACAAAAGCAAGCUUCCGACCUCCUCUGGAUAUCGGCUGAUCCUGGAUGUGGUAAGUCCGUCCUGAUUUCUUAUCUCAUUGACCACCUGAAUGGGGCAGAGAACAGGAUUCAGGUGCCAGAAGUUGUCUGUUACUUCUUCUUCAAGGAGGACAACCAUGAGCAGAACAACGCGGUCCAUGCAGUGUCGGCUAUACUGCAUCAAUUAUACACCGCUCAGCCAUGGUUACUGCAACACGUCACGCAUUCAUUUCUGGACCAUGGCAGGGAUGUUUUACAACAGUUCAGUUCGCUUUGGAGCCUGCUUGAUGCUUCUGUGACCGAUCCAGCCUCACGAGACGUCAUCCUGAUUUUUGACGCCCUGGACGAAUGUGAGACCACCACGCAGCGUCAGCUUCUGCAGUCCCUCGUACGUUUCUAUAAAACAAAAGAGGGGGACAGUCUCACACGACCUCCCUUCGUGAAGACGAUCAUUGCUAGUCGACCCGACAAUGAGAUCAAGCACGCCUUUGACAUUCUACCGACCAUCAGAUUAAGAGGAGAAGACGAGCCUGAGGCCAUCAGUCGCGAUGUAGAGCUGGUUAUCGACCAUCACAUUGAGAACGCCGUCCGUCGCGGGCUUCCACGAGGCAUCCUGGAGGAAGUCCGAGUGGGCCUGAUCCAGGGCGCUGACCGGACUUUCCUCUGGACUACCCUCGUCAUCAACCUUUUGGAAGCCAAAAAGGGUGCGUCGAAACGGGAACUCAUGGAGAUUCUUCAGGCCCGAGGAGACAUCUUUCGCAUAUACGAACGGCUUCUGGAACAGAGCACCGACGCCCUCAGCAUUGCGAUAGCGGUAGACCGCACCCAGACCACGUUUGAAGAUCUAGAACUCGACGUUGUCCACAAUUUUGAAGAGCGUGCCAAGGCGCUGUGUGGGCACUUUAUCCGCAUAGUACGUGGCACCGUAUACUUGGUGCACCAAACAGCGAGGGAGUUUCUCCUCGACCAUAGCACGGAGGCGCAAUACUUGUCAAAGAACCCCAAGACGAACUCUAGGACUACAAACUGGCAGCAGUCUGUUAUUUCACGACGCGCUCAUAAUGAACUGCUGGACAUAUGCCUUAAGUACUUGUCCUUACUGAACGUGGGCGGCUCCGAGCAAUCGCUGGCGGCGACCAUCUUUCGAGAUCAAAUCGCUAUCAAUUUCCUGCGGUAUGCCGGCCAUCACUGGACGUAUCAUUACCACCAAUUAGCGCCAGACCUGACGGAGACUCAGCUCGACAACUGCGCACGGCUUUGCAAUGCGAAUACACUUGGGUUUGGAAGCUGG